CGUGCAUCACCUCACUUUUACUGACCUCUCGGAGAAAAGAUGCGGCUCUGCAGAAAUCUCGCGAUGUUUCUGCCGCUCUUCUGGCUCGUGCCGUGCGACUCGGCAGGUCGUGAAAAAGGGACGGAACGAAAGAACGGUGAAACCGAGGACGGAGUCGCGUUCAAAGGGAAAAUCCCGGGACGGGAAACAUCAUGCACGUGGACUGCAAGCGGAGAGACGCACUACACGCUGAAAGUCACGUGCCUGGUCUGGAGGAAGGGGAAGUCUAGCCGCCGAUACACCUGUGAGUACACCGCCGAGCCCUCGCUGUGCCGCCGGUUCGUCACGAAGCCCAACGUAUUCUGGAAGGAUAUUUCGCGCAUGCUCAAUCGGCAUAAGCGGCACGUGUGCAAGGACGCUCACAAGACUAUCGGAGUGCGCAUGUGCAAAAGCGCGCCCGAAGGCGCUCACUUCAGGCUCGUCAGCCCAAUGAUGGAAAUUCCCAUGACGACCCCCUCGGUGAGCACGGGACGUCCGGAGGACACGCCCACAACGGUGUGCACGCAGCGCGCCGAUCAUCGAGAGCUCGCGCGAGGAAAGUGUGGAGACGCGUGGGCGAGCUUUUGCGACUUACUGUUCAGUAUAGUCCAGAGUGAAGACUGCUGAGCGCGCGCGCGUGUGCGUGCGUGUUGGGAACCAA